GAGUUUGCUAUUUAAUUGAUUAAUAUUACUGUGGUAUCCUCGAAAGAGAAUUUUAUUUACGAUUGUGUUUAAUACUCUACUUAUUAUUGACAAAACAUAUCUUCAAAUACGCAAACGAACAGACGUAAAAAGUAUAGUUAUAGAAAAGAAGACAUAAUGUGUUUAUUCGGCAUCCCUAAAGACGAAGACAUAGUCUUUGUUGAUCGUCGGGCUCCCCGCCGUAAAUCCACCCAAAUAGUCCGCGAAAGACGUUCCCACUCGUCUCGCCCCGUAUCCCGCGUCUCAGAAACAGUCAUCAGACAACACAGCCACCGACCUUCUACACCCAUGUCCGAAGUUCACCGGCACUCAACCUCAAUGACCGAGAUUCACCGCGGUGCGCCCAGCCAUCGGCAUUCUAGUUCCAUGACGGAAAUCCACCGCGGAGCACCUAGCCAUCGACACUCUAGCUCUAUGACGGAAAUUCACCGUACUCACACUCCCGCACCACCGACCCCAAAGCCAGUUACUCCUGUUCCCCCUCCCGCGUCCGUUGCUCCUCCACCACCACCCCCACCAGCCUCGGUAGGAUUUCCUCCAGGAUAUGCCCCAGGAUAUCCCCCACCUCCCAUGUCGGUUGCGCCGCCCCCUUCACAUCACUUUAUACCCCCGCCCUCGCCAUCCAUUAUGCCCGCGAGCCCAGCACCUUCAUACCGCGAUCUAUCACCUCCUCGCGUGCCUACUCCACCGGAAGAAAGCAGAGUCGAAUUAAUAAAAGUGGAAGAAGAACACUGGCCGCCGCAUUCCCAUGGAAGAUCCAGUCCGAGCGCAAUCCAUAUUUCGAGGAGGAAGAGUAGGAAGGGGAGUGUUUCGAGCGGAAGAGAGAGAGAGAGAGAUAGGGGUGAUAGAGAGGAAAUUUAUAUCCAAAGAGAUCGCAUUAUUGAGCGUGGUACCCCAUCUCGGCACCCGUCUUCAAGCCCGAGCUCGUUCGCAAGGAGGGGGAGUAGAGGAAGCGGUACCCCCGAACCGGUGCAAAGUGGGUACCGUACAGUAGAGGGAACGGGAUGGGAUGAUAGAAGACCAAUCACGCCGAGUGGAUAUAGAGUUGUAGACGGAGCGGGAACCAGGAGAGGAAGCGGGGUUGGAAUAGGAAAUAUUCAUCGAGAGAGAGAAUGGGAGAGAGAAAAGGUAUCACCCUCGGAGUUUGGCGGGAGGAGGGGUAGCAUUCCCUAUGAUAGACCGCGAAGUUCUGGAAGAUUUGCAGAGAGGGAGAGGGUGGUAAUGGAUGAGGGAGGGAGAAGAAGGGAGAUGUAUAGAAGGGCUUGAGAGAACGGAAUACGCUUUUAUGUUCAGGCCUGAUAUGUGAUCAUCUUGUGCGUGGUUGCUUUUCUGGUCUCCCUAGUGAGGCGAUGACGAGGUUGGAUUACUUUUCGACGCUGUUUUAUACUUUUUUAGAUUGUACGCAUACUGAGCGAGCGCGUGAGCGAAACUCUAUUAGAUAAUUAACACCUGUUUUUAUUCCUGGCAUAUAUAUUAGAUCGCUCGAUACCAUAGCAUUCAAUAUUCCAUCUGUUUCUAUAUUGAAUCACUACCA